UUUGUUUGUUGUGAAAGAUUCAGUAAGAAAUAUAUUGUACUCGCAAUGUAUGCAGUAAAAGUGCUUUUUUAUGUUCUUCUUAUUUCAUUUUAUUUGGAAAUAUGUCACUGCAAGUCAAUUUUAAUGGUGAAAGAAAAAAAGAAAGCCAAAGAAGAUGGCGAUGAAAAUCAAGUGGAUGUUAUACCAGUUGACGGAGAGCACAAUGCAAAUAGGUUGCCAGAUGUUGAAAUUGCUCCACCAAAGCAUUUAGACGCAAUGAAAUUUGGACGAGAUGGGAACUUAAACUCAAACUACCAUAAAGAAGUCUUUUUGGGGGAAGAAGUGAAAAAGUUUGAAAAUGGCGAAUAUGAGUUGAAAGAACAGAAGAACCAAUUAAUAAAAAUGUUUAAGCUAAUUGAUGAAAAUGGCGAUGGUAGUCUUGAUGAAGCUGAACUAUCAAAGUGGGUACUGCACAAAACAAAAGAACAUUUUAGUGAAGCAAAACAAGAGAAUGAGCAAAAGUUUAAGGAGCUAGAUACAGAUAAUGAUGGAAACGUUACAUGGAAUGAAUACCUCACAGAGUUUCUUAGCAGAAAAAAUUACAGCAGGGUUGAAGUUGCUGAGAAACUACGAAACAAAGUGAAGAUUGAAGUUGAUGCAAAAGUCCGGGAUGAAGUGGAUGAUGUUCACGACAAGUGGUUACAGGCAACUUCAUUAAAAAUAAUGCAAAAUCAUCAGAAUGCAUCGAACGAUGGGGAUUCAAACAUGAGUGUGAGUGAAUUUCUAGAUUUUCAACAUCCAGAAACAGGAAGGGAGAUGCUUGAAUAUCUUGUGCAGGACUUUCUACACGACAUGGACGUCGAUGGUGAUGAAGUGUUGACGAUCCAGGAAUACAUCUCUGUUGGAUCAGAUGUUGAUGUUGAUACACGGAUGACGUUGGAUUACACUAAAAUUUUAUUAUAUUUUUACGCUUUCAAGAUAAUAUUUUUUACCCAACAGGCAUCGAACGAUGGGGAUUCAAACAUGAGUGUGAGUGAAUUUCUAGAUUUUCAACAUCCAGAAACAGGAAGGGAGAUGCUUGAAUAUCUUGUGCAGGACUUUCUACACGACAUGGACGUCGAUGGUGAUGAAGUGUUGACGAUCCAGGAAUACAUCUCUGUUGGAUCAGAUGUUGAUGUUGAUACACAGGAUGAUGAUUGGGCAAAAGAAAGAAGGAAUGAGUUCAGGAAUGUCAUUGAUCAAAAUAAAGAUGGGAAAGUUACAAAAGAAGAACUAAAAAGAUACCUUGAUCCAAUGAGUGAAGCAAUGGCUCAACAAGAAGCUAGGCAGUUGAUUGGUUUUGGUGACGAAAACUUUGAUAUGAAACUGUCACUUAAAGAAUUGCUUGAAAAUAGUGAAUACUACACUGGAAGUAAACUGUACAAUUAUGCACGUAGUGUUCAUGAUGACCUGUGACGUUCUUAUUUAAAGUACAUUGUGUUUUAAAGCAUUUCUUUAAACUGGCACAUACUCUUAUUAUGAAGUAAAGCUUAUAAACUUCACAUUUCUCUUUACUGUCCAUGUGAUAUCCUAUCUGUAUUUACUUUCCUGAAGUGAGGUUUUUUAACAUGUGUAAAAGUUUUUGAGAGCUUAAUUGGAUACAUAUUUUUGCAAUAUAUUUCUUUUUUUAAUAAAAAGUUGUAUUUUUAGUGCAGUAAACAUACCAAUAUUUUUACUUUAAGCUUUCUGUAUACUGAAGGAGCAGUAACCGUCGUUAUAAUGCAAUAUUACUGUGCUUCUUGUAUUUCUUUGAUGCCAUUAGAAUGUAUUUUUAAUUCAGAUUAAUAUGUAUGUUGAAAUAUAUUUUUAGUUCAGAUUUAUAUGCAUGUAUGUAGAAAAUAGUAAUACAUUGCCUGUAUAUUUUACCGGUUAACUUAUUUAUUGACAAACAAAAGUAAAAGUGGUGUAUAGACAUGG